AUGUCUUUACUUGAUCAAAAUUGGAGUGCUGGUGGUAAUGCUGAUGAUGAAGCACAAGAUGAUAAUCAACAAGGACGACAAAUUACAACAUCUCGUGAUGGUACUUUAAUGUUAAUUGAAUGUGCACCACACAUGUUUGAACGAUUAGCUAAUCAAAUGAAACAAGAUUCAUCGAUUGAUGAUGAUGAUGAAGAUGCACAAUUAACAACAGGUUUUCAAUUAGUUAUGCGUGCUUGUCAACGUUUUUAUCAAUCAAAAAUAAUUUCAAAUGAUAAAGAUCUUAGUGGAAUUAUUCUUUAUGGAACAGAAAAUAGUCUUAAUGCAUUUGAUUUUAAACAUAUUUAUAUACUUCAUGAAUUAGCACAACCAUCAGCUGAACGUAUUAUACAAUUAGAAACAUUAUCAGAUAAAGAUGCAUAUAAAACAAAAUAUGAUGAAUUAUUUGGUUCAACACAAGCAACUGGUUAUUCAUUAAAUGAAGCUUUAUGGACAUGUUCAAAUUUAUUUUCAAAUUCACCACAACGUUUAACUGUAAAACGUAUAUUUAUAUUUACAUGUAAUGAUCAACCACAUGCAUCAAAUUUAACAUUAGAACGACAAGCUAAACAACGUGCUAAAGAUUUAAAUGAUGUUGGUAUUCAAUUAGAAGUAUUUCCAAUAUUAACAGAAACAAUAAUAAAAUUUGAUUUUAAAAAAUUUUUUCAAGAUGUUCUUAUGUUAAGUGAUGAAGAUCUUGAUAUUAGAAAUAAUCAAGAACCAACAGGACGAUUAAAUGAAUUAUUAAAACUUGUUUAUUCAAAAGAACAUAAAAAACGUGCUUAUUGUACGGUUCCAUUUUCAUUAGGCAAAGCAGCUGAUGGUACACCAUUGGGAUUUUCUGUUUCAGUUUAUAAUAUGGUUCGUCCAUGUCCAAAACCAACAAAGAUUAAAUUAGAUAUGAAAACAAAUUUGGAAACAAAAAUUGUUACAAAACAUUAUCUUCCUGAAACAGCUGAAAUUCUCAUGCCGUCAGAUAUUCAAUAUGGUUUAGAUGUAUCAAAUCGUCGUAUAUUAUUUGAUUCAGAUGAAAUAAAAGCAAUAAAAAAAUUCGGUGAUCCAGGUUUUGAAUUACUUGGUUUUAAAAGUCUUUCAUGUUUAUCACCACAUCAUUAUGUAAAACCAGGUCAUUUCAUUUAUCCCGAUGAAAAAUAUGUUGAAGGAAGUUCAUGUUUAUUUAAUGCUCUAUUAAAAAAAUGUUUAGAAAAAAAAAUGUUUAUUCUAUGUCAAUUUUCAGCUAGACGAAAUACACCACCACGUCUUGUUGCACUUAUACCACAGGGUGAAGAAAUGAAUAAAAGGGUUAAAAAUGAUCGUUUAGCAUCGAAUGGUUUUCAUGUUCAUUAUUUACCAUAUGCUGAUGAUAUACGUACAUUACCUAAAAAUGAUACAACACGUGCAGCAAAUGAUGAAGUUGAUUUAUUUAAAAAUGUUGUACGUGGUUUAAAAUUUAAAUAUCGUGCAGAUAAAUUUGAAAAUCCAGCAUUACAAACAUUAUGGAGAAAUAUUGAAGCAACAGCUUUAAAUAAAGGUGAACCCGAUGAAUUUAUUGAUUUAACAAUUCCAAGUGUAGAAAAUCAAAAUCGAAAAGUUGCAGGAUAUAUUGAUGACCUUAAACAAAUGAUUUUUCCACCUGGUUAUGUUAUGGGUGCAACAAAAAAAUCAGCAGCAAAACGAAAGUGUGAAACAAAUGGUUCACCUGGCAGUGCAAAAAAAUCAAAAGAUGAUGAAAAUAUUGAUGUUGAAGCUGCAGCAAAGAGUCAUCUGUUAAGUAAAUUAACUAUACCUAUAUUGAAAGAUUAUUGUAGAGAUAAAAAAUUAAAAGCAUCAGGUACUAAAAAACAAGAUUUUAUUGAUGUUAUUCAAUCACAUCUUGGUCUUGCUCAAUAA